CAAAAAGGUGCUCCUUGAGUCAAUGUUCUUUUGUUCUUACUCUUUUGUCAUGAUCAUAUGGACUUUGGACCUUCUCUUCUCCUUAUUAGAAACCUAUGAUUACUCGCAAAACUUGAAUCGCUUCUUUUCACUCCACCAUCAUCUCACAGCCUCCAAACAACCUUCUCGUACCAAUGACUCAAUCAAAAACUCGAUUUAUCAUCUUCAACAAGAAUACAAUCUUCGAGCCUGAUUUCUCUGAAGAGAGAAGACCGAAAAAGAGAGCUAGAGUUGAAGAUGAAGAGAGCGAUGGACUUAGUGGACUUUUCCGCGAUUCUCAAUAUUAUGAUUCGAGAUCAUCGGAUGCAUGCGUUAUUUUGGCUGAUGAUACAUUGUUCAGAGUCAAGAUAAAGACCCUCUCCAAGGUUUCUCUCCGCCUACAUGUCUUGGUGGAUGGUACCGAAAAUAGUGGUGACUAUAACCCAGUACGCCUGGACGCCGAACCAGACGAAUUUCGUGCUCUUUUGUGGGCGAUACACGCCUCACCAGACGAACUCAAUCAGCCGAUUGCAGAUAUAUCGGGUCUCAAGAAAUUUUGUUCGCUUGCCAAUUUUUCUCGUGCUUUCAAGUGUAUAUCUCAAGAACCCUUUGCUUUAUCUACCAUCCACGAUUCCUUGGAUCAUCCCUUCUUCGACACCUGUUCUUCUCCCACCUUGCAGCUUGUAGCAGAAACUGCUCUUAGAUGUGAAGCUCCUAUUCUUCUCGAUGCCAUCGUUAGCAGAUGGAUCAAACGCAUCCAGCGUCAUGAAGCCCCAUGCGUUCCAGCAAUAAUCACCGCACAUGAUCUACACAUUCCUCGAUUGAGUGGUGCGGCAUGCUAUGCUCACCUGCAAGAAGUUGCUGAGCAUUCCACCACCGUUUCGGAAGGAGCUACACAUUUCCAUAUGGACCCAAAACUCGAUAUGGCACAAAGAGUGCGCCUAUUCGCCGGGCACUGGUCCUUGGUCAACUUCUGGGAGCAGUUUCGUCGCCAUCCGCUCAAGUUUGUUUCCUGCGAUCAUGUUGAAUGCUUACGCAUUUGGGAACGUCGUUGGAGUGUAGCAUUGGGUGGGCGAAAGAUCUUGUGUGUUGGGCAGGUGGAUGUAUUGGGUUUGAUGCGGACGAUGCGAGAGCUGCUGGCUGUUGAUAAGGACUUGGAUUCAAUGAAGUCAAAAUGCAAAGAGAAAGCUUUAGAGUCAAUGAGUGAUGUUUGGAAACAACUAAAUGCCACAUUAGGCGACCACUUCACCGAUUCAGUGUGAUCAGGAGUGGUCUCCCUCUUUGUUGCACGAAUGGUGCACGAAUGGUAUUGUAAACCACAUACAAUUUUUGAAAGAAUGAAAGAGAAGGGGCGAGCACAUGGAAGUUAUA